ACUCCCCGUUGUAAAGCACGGUGUAUACACAGCUGUGUGCACUGUUCUCCCGGACUGUGUGUGGUACACACGUAAGCACGCAUGGAAGUUUCCUGCCAAUGUAAACCAGGGCAUUGACUGACGAUAUGCGGCUAGCAGCAGGCUUUCUCCUCGAUCUGACUUCAGUGCUCUGUGCAACCAGGCUGCAGUUUGUCUCAUGAAUAAUAACAAGUAAUAGGCAAUGUGAUGACGGUGAUGUGCUGUGUGCCGGUGAGCAGCACCCUCCUGUGGGCCAGGUCCAUAUUCCUAAAAUGCAAGAAAUGACAGAUUUGGUCAGGUUUGGUGCUACUUGUACUUUACAUUAUGUGUAGUUGUAGCACAUGGUAUUACAUAUUCAGCCUUACAAAAUUGCUGCAGUGUGUUUCAGUGUUAUUUGACAUAACAGGUUAUAUGACUUAGGCCAUGGCCAGUAAGGGUCAGGGCAAAAGUUAGAGCAGCUCUGGGUGCAUUUCUGGGCAGUUACUGGGAGCAUUAUCUCAGCAUACAUGUCCUUGAGUUAUGCAAAAGAUUUUCUUGAUCCAGCACGCCUCAGCUUUUACCUGAGGAUGCCUUUUACCUUAGGAGACCUCAGCGCACAUGCUGUAAUUUUUGUGUUGGUGCCAACAGAGUGGUAGGAGCACUCAAUUACGGAGAAUGCCAGCAGGAGCUUUCUGGUCUCUUGAAAAGCAUAGGACAGCCAUUGCCUUCAGCAGAGUGACUCUGAUUCCUGCGGAUACAGAGCUGAGAUAACGGACUUCAAUCAGCAGGACCCUUUCACCGUGCUACUCAAGGCUCUACCUUACCUGUGGACAACUAAUUCUCGCCAUACGUGCUCCUGUACUAGAUGAGACGCCCCCAGCCCCAUCUCCAGGGUCACAGCCUGGUGGACGCUGCUUGGGAAAGCUGUACCAGAGGUCCGGCCCACUCAGAGCCCUCCCAGCACCCAGUAAGCAGCAGGCUAGAAACUUCCUGAGCGCUUAGACCUUUGUUACAGCUUUUGCAGCACUUCUCUGUAACGCUUCCUAACCCCUUUUCUCGAACCAGUUGACUCCCACCACACCCUGUGGCAGUCCAUCCCAGUGUUUGUGUUGUGUGAAAAAGCUGCUUCUGUUUAAAAUCUAAGAGACCCAGUCUUGUCAUUUGGCAGGUAGUUGGAGAUGUGCUGCAGUUUCUGGGCUUUUUACCCAUCUGCUGGAGCAUCUUUCCGUCCUGUAGCGUUGAGAUGUGACCUCUGUAGGAUCCCUCUCCACUGCCGCGGUGCACGAUGAGCUGGUGUGGGAUGGCUGCUGGGAGAGCUCGGGAGCCAGCUGCAGAGCUCUGCCCGACAUGGAGCCUGCUGUGCUGUGGUGGGGGGCAAGUUGUGUUAACUGCAAAUAGGGUGACCCUGUGAGCCAGCCAACAGCUACAGGGGGAAGCAGCAUCCCACCAGCACGGCCUCAGUGCCGUGAAGGGCUCGUAGGCAACACACACAGGUCAAGCCUGAAAUGAUGCCAAGUAGCCUGGGCUGAAUGCCAAUUCAGUAUGAAACAGAAAUGUGUCUCCCUGUUUUUAUUUCACUGUGUUCAUCUGUAAUCAAUUUAAUCUGUUUACAGAGCCAUUAUAGCAUUUUUGGUUAUUAGCUUGAUAAUUUGGAAGAGGGUCAUAAGCACUGGACAUUUGUCAUGCAGGGGAAAACAUGAAAACAGCAACAAAGUGCCGCAAAAGUUGGCAAGGAAUCAUUUUCACCCUCCUUAUAUAAACUGGGAAUGCUCCCCAAAUCCUCUAGCUGACAUACUUGGAAGUGUUCUUUUUUUUCAUCUUCUAGGAGUGGGUGUCAGUGCUGGGGAAGGACUUGUAGCAGGGUGCUAGUAGGGUGGACCUAGCAUGUGGUAUCCUCAAUAGCUGGACAGUUGAUGUGCGGUGUAUGACUUCUGCAGCCGAAGAAGCUCUUCCAUGUCCUUUUAGAUCUGCUACCCUUGCACUGAGUCUCUUCCCAAGGACGUAUGCUGCAUGUCGCAUCUUUCAAAGUACGCUAAAAGCCAUUCCUUGCAUGUCUGUCUUCAUGGCUCAAUGCUGGGAGCGAGCAGGAGUUUAAAUAGAUGCUCUUUAUCAUUAUUUGUAGGUUCCUUGGUCCUUCUCAAACUUCAGAGUGGCAUGACUGCAUUACCAUGUGCAGUCGCAGGGUGAGCAAUACUUUUAGCCUCGCAGUGUUUAUGUCUGGAGAGAACUUCUAUCUUUGCCUGGCAUGCUCUGCUGUUGACACCCCUGCAUGUUAGCAUAAACUGCCCUGCAGCAUAACAGGAGGCUCCAAAAACUUUUAUUUCCAGGGAUGACCUACUGUACUGCUUCCACAUUCUCUGGUGUUACCUCUUGCAGAAAUGUGAAUAAUUGCUUUCCACGAAACCAUCAGAGAGGUUCUAUUCAGCUUUUUUGUCCUCAGGUGCUUUUGUUGCAUUUUGCCAUAUCUCGGCAGUGGGACCAGUUCUGGGCUUGUCUCCUUUUCCUUCUUUUUCCCUUAAAGAAUGGUGAUGUUCUGCAGAUGUCUAUGUGUUGAAAAUUCAUUUCCAAGUGGAACUGAACCAGCAGCCACCCGAAAAGACUGUCAAGUCCCAUAUCUGAAGGGAAUGAAGAGCAUCUCUCUUAGAUACCUGGCACCAUUACCUGGCUCACUUGCCUUUUUUGUAAAUAAAGUUGCAUGCGAUCCAAGUAGCUGUGGAGCAGUGGGGUGCAGCCGUGUAUUAAGCUGGGCUGGUCCCUUUAUGGAACCAAGACAUGUAGGAUGCUACUUAAAAGGCUUCCAGGAGCCAAAUAGUCUUAAGUGUAUUUACAAGCCUUAAGGCAAGUCAAAAAUCCUUGUACAGUGCAGUUAGCUCUGUUCCAAAGAAAACUGGAGAUGCCAGCUCAUCCUGUUAAACACAGGUGAUGCAUUGACACAGCAGCAGAGACUUGAAUUCGCUACACUUACCCAUUGCAAAAUGCCUGGGUAACAAUCAUGGACACAGACAAUUUCAUAAUUUUUUUUCUACUUAGGAUAGAAAACCAAAAUAGCCCGCUACUACAUUUUCCUUGUACCUGGAGCUUGGGUUUCCACUGCUCUGUUUCUAGCUGGCUGCAAUGGCUGUUGCAUAGAUGGAUGUUACAUUGCUCACAUACUAUGCCAUAAAUGAAAAAUUUGGAUUUCAUGCUUUCUGCUUGUCUUAAAAACAGAGGGUGCCAUGUUACUGGCAGGCAACAUCCUGUCUACACUUGUGUUGUUCAAGAUAAUACCGUCUGUCCAAUCCAGCCUUGCCCAGAAUGGAGCUAAACAGUUAAGUGAGUUUAUAGUGGCAAUAAAGAACAACCCUUGAAGAGGCAUUUGAAAACAAAGAGUUUCAGCAGUUUGCUGUAGUGACCUUGCAUUUGGAAGGCAGUGCAGCCUUAGCCAGCUCAAGGUCACAUGAAGUUCCGUUGUGGGUUUCUUUUUUUAAGCUGUCUGCUAUACAUUUUCUAGAGCAAAUGUGAAAUGUUUGCAGUUUCUGCCCUUGCCUCACCUCAUACAGUAACAGUAAUUUCAGAGACGUACGCAGUGUUCGGUGUCACCAAGUAUGUUCUUACCUCCUCUCUGCCAGGAUGGAGAACAUAAAAUUGCCUGUCCUCAGUGUCUACAGAGUGAAUUUCCAGCACAGAAAGGACCACGUGGAAGCUGCCAUAGCAUGAAGGCUUGCUGUUUCAAAGAGGUCAGCACAGAGAACUGAAUGCACAGGGAAGCCAGCUGGGACAAGGAGCUCAAGAACAUAAUUCCAGGGAAAGUAUGGAAGAUUUUUAAGUUGAGGUGUCUCCCUACCAUCUAAAUCAUCCCUCCAUACCUUACACCAUCUCUCCAAAUGCCGUGGGCUCUCAGCCCCCUUCCCAAGCCCAGAACACAGUCAGUGCCAGGAGCAGAGGCCAAGCUUCCUGACUGCCAGGUGUUUGUCCUGCUCCACGGGGCAAUGGCACAUCCAGCAAAAUCUUAGAGACUAGAUCGAUGGAAAAGAGAUGGAAAAGGAGAGGAGAAUAAGGUGAGACUGGCAGCUGGGAGUGUGUGCUGAGAGGUCUGAUGUAGGUUGUUGGCAUGGAUCACGAGGGCAGAAAAGUUACAGCUGGUAUUUAUGAGGCUGCUGUUUCAAUUCAGGAUGAUGAGACAUUUUUCCUGCCCACUAAUGCAAUUGUUCACCUUUACCUACAAAAGAAAUGCAACCCUGCACUUUUUGCCAAAUUGUGCUUACUUCUGCAAAGCAAAAUCCCUUGUUAUUUGUGCUACGGUCUCCAAAAGGCACGUGCGAAGUGUGAGUUGUGCAGAUUUGACGCACAUCGAGUUCUUCUAUCUACCUAGAAAUAACCUGUGUCACCACACCUUUGCUGUCAGUGCAGACCUGUGUGUACAAAGUCGCAGUGAAGCCCAGCGUCGCUGGCUCCGUGGAAGCGGGUGAGAGCAGUGCGGCCGAGCAGAGGUGGAGGUGCGCGGGGAGCAGCCGGGCGGGCGGCUGAGCCGAGCACAGGGGGCUGGUGGCAGCACGCUGGUGGAAAAACUACCAGGAAAGAAAAGUCAUUCUGGAACAAGUUUUGCCUUUUGAUUGUUUUUUUGGAACGAAAGCUUUCCAGAAUAGACGAAAACCUGAGCGGAGAAGCUUGGCAGGACUCAGGCAAUGAUGUGCUCUCAGUUCAGGGAGCGGCAGAGCAAUAGCACACACAGGAAGAUUUCUCUGCAUUGUUCCCCUUGUUUAGCAAACACAUCUCCAGAUACCAGCAAUACUGUUAUCUGGCAGGAGCACUUCUCUAAAUCCCUUCAAUCAUUCUUAAUGGCCAGAACAAGUUUUCAUCAAAAAUACUCUCCCAGAACAGUGUUUGUUUUCAAAAUACAGCUCUGUUUGGCCGGCUGCACCGUCUUCAUCGGCUGGAGUGAGAUAAAAGGGCCGAUCGCUUGGCUGAAUAGCUCAGAUCUCUCCUCAAGGGAAGCGGCACAUGGUUCGGAAGGAAGGCAAAGGAAACAGGUUUGCAGUUGUUAGCCUUGUGCUUUCUCUGUUCAGUGUGUGCUGCGAGGUGAGGAGACAGGUCUGUCCACAGGGGAGAAGCUCCAGGUAGUGAGAAAACGCCCAGUGUAUCUCCUUGCAGCCAGAAGUAAGAGAUUUGGAUUGGGACUAGUGAUGUGAAAUGAUCCUGUAGGGCAGGGAAAUGGGAUUUCUCAUCAUCCCAGUUCAUUUUCUGAACUGCAGCCCCUCUAGGUCUCCCGUCAGGAGAAUUUUUUUCUGUGUGUACUGUUCAGUUUUGACAAAAAAGUGUGUUUGUUACAGCUGCAUUUUGACUGAAAAACUUGGAGUAGCUCUGGAAAAUAUGUAUGUUACUUAAUCAGACUGAAAAAGUAGGAUGCUUUCAUUCUGCAGGUAGGAGCCCCUGUCAUGGACCUGUUUGAUGCAAGCCAACAAUGUAAUUUAAAAUUUUGAAAUGUUAAAGGAAAAAUUAUUUUGCAAAUUACCUCCCUUAGCCAUGUGUUAGGUUGCUAAAGCAUCACUUGGAAUAUCUCAACGUUUUCAAAAUAGUUUUUGCUUAAGUGGAAGUGUCAUCAAGAAACAUUAGUUUCAGUGAAAUAGUAUUGUCUGAUCUUAACCCAUUCUGCUGUCCUGUUUCAAAACAAGAGGUAUGUUAGGAAGGAGCGCAGGGCUCUCUGUAGCUCUGUCCCUGAUGUGGGCAUCUGUACCAGUGUGAAUGCAAUUUAAGCCAUGGUCUCAGGGUUGUGGUUAAUCAGGUCCAUAACUGAAAAUGAAUCAACCGGCACCAUGGGAAGGUGCUUUUCUGUUUGAUUUGUCUGAGAUUAUUUUCCUUUAUUUAUUUAUCCAUGCAAUCUGCAUGAGCCCUGGAGCUAAGCAAAGCACAUGGUGUAUGUGACUGCAACACCUCAUGGCUGCCUGCUCUCCCGCCUUAGCUCUCCUGGUGCAAUGGAGGACACAUCAAGCCAGAGGUCAGGACAGAGCAAAGAGGUACUGAGCUCCCCAACACCAGAAGAGAGUCCUGCCAAUUUUAUACAUGUCAAAUUGGAGGAGUAUGAGCCCGCAGACUUCAGCACCAAGGAUCUCAUCCUAAAGAAAGCCAGAGAGGUCUGCACAUGCAAUCAUCAAACCAUCAUCACCUUCUUCUGUCAGCUGUUCCCAGUGCUGGACUGGCUUCCCCGUUACAACAUCAAGACGCAGUUGCUUGGGGACAUUAUAUCUGGGCUCCUGGUGGGGAUAGUUGCCAUCCCUCAGUCCAUCUCCUACUCCCUCUUAGCUAGCCAGGAUCCCAUCUACGGAAUCUACACCAACUUCUUCUGCAAUAUCAUCUACGUCGCUAUGGCCACGUCGCGCCAUAACUUCGUGGGCUCCUUCGGCAUCCUGUGUCUGAUGAUUGGGCAGUCUGUGAACCGGCACCUCCAGCUAGCAGGGUACAGCGGCGACAACUCUGGCUCUUCACUGGUGGGCAACUCCACCUCCUUCAGUAAUGGGACAGGUGCCUGUGACAGGAGCUGCUAUGCCAUCACUGUGGCCCUUUCCUUAAGCUUUCUGGUCGGCCUUUACCAGAUCCUGCUGGGGGUUUUACAGCUGGGUUUUGUGGCUGUCUACCUGUCAGAACCUCUGCUCAGUGGCUUUGUGACUGGCUCCAGCCUCACCAUUAUCACCUCCCAGAUGAAGUAUCUCCUGGGACUGAAAAUACCUCGUCACGAAGGGGUGGGGUCCUUCCUCCUGACGUGGGUUGACCUUUUCAGAUACAUCCAGAACACGAACAUCUGUGACCUGGUCACCAGCCUGGUUGCUUUGGCUAUCAUAGUGCCUGUCAAAGAGAUCAACGACCGGUAUAAGGAGAAGAUGAAGGCCCCAUUCCCCAUAGAGCUGCUGGUGGUCAUUGUAGCCACAGUAAUAUCUUACUACUUUAACUUCGAAGAGCGAUACAAGUCUGCUGUUUGUGGGGAUAUCCCCACUGGUUUCAGGAAACCCACUCUACCAGAUAUAAACCUGUUUUCCAGCCUGGCAGUUGAUGCUCUGCCCAUUGCUGUUAUUGGUUUUGCCAUGACCGUCUCCCUGGCGGAAAUCUUUGGCAAAAAGCACGGCUACGCUGUCCGUGCCAACCAAGAGAUGAUUGCCAUUGGCAUGUGCAACCUGAUCCCUUCUUUCUUCUACUGCUUUGCCAGCUCUGCAGCCCUGACCAAGACUCUGCUGAAGGAGUCCACGGGGACCCAGAGCCAGGUGUCCGGCCUGGUCACCUCCCUGGUGCUGCUGCUAGUGCUGCUGUGGAUCGCCCCACUCUUCUACUCGCUGCAGACCUCCAUCCUGGGGGUGGUCACCAUUGUCAACCUGCGGGGGGGCCUGAGGAAGUUCCAUGAUACCCCCCGCAUGUGGCAGCUCAGCAAGCUGGACACGGUGGUGUGGUGGACAACCAUGCUGUCCUCCACACUGAUCACCACAGAGAUUGGGCUCCUCGUGGGCGUCUGCUUCGCUCUGCUCUGCAUCAUCUUCCGCACACAGAGACCCAGGGCCACGCUCCUGGGCAAGGUCAGCAACACAGAAAUCUAUGAGGACCAGUCCACUUACAAGCAGCUCAGCAGUAUUGCCAACAUCAAAAUCUUCCGCUUCGAGUCAUCUCUCUACUAUGCCAACAAGGACUAUUUCAAGACAGUUCUCUACCAGAAAACUGGGGUAAAUCCUAUCCUGCUGGCUGCUAAGCACCAAAGGGUGGAGGCCCAGGCAAACGCAGACGCAGGCAACAGCAAAAGCUUUUUCGGCACCAGGCUUGACUGCCUGAAACCUGCCAAGCAAAGGACUGAGAGGCCUCCAGCAGAUGCCUGUCCUCCCUCCAUAGAUAUGCACACCUUAAUCCUUGAGUGUGGGGCAAUGCAGUUCAUAGAUACUGUGGGUCUCUCUGUGCUAAAGGAGAUACGUCAUGACUACAAGGAGAUUGGCGUCCAGGUGCUCCUGGCCAACUGCAACCCUUCCAUCCGCCACCGGCUCCGGGAGGGAGGCUGGGCUGGUGAGACAGACAGUGGUGGUCAGCUGGCUUUCCACAGCGUCCACGAUGCAGUGCGGUUUGCUGAACGGCGGUACCACGUGCAGCGGGAGAGCAAGGAGAAAAAGGAUGCUGUCCUGGACCCCGAAGACCUGAACUUCCAGGCGUCUUUGUAGACCUGUGUGUGAGGAAUGGUUUCUAACGGGGCUGGGCUUGGUACGUACUUGAGAGCAGUUUUAAGUCUUUGUGCAGUCAGAGCAUGCCAGAAAGGCUUUAAUGAACUGUCAGCAGCAGGCAUGGGGCAAAAGGUCUGGGGACGGUGUGGAUUUCAAGAGAGACUGCCAAGAGGUAAAUAAUCUGAGAGGCGUUUCAAGGUCUGUCCUGUCGGUAAAGAGGCUGGAUGGCUUUUAACGCUUCUCCGUUUUGAAAAGGGCUGUGACGGCAAGAGAUGCCGUGCGGGGAGAUGGGACGCCCGGCUCCCGCCAGCAACUUCCAUUAAAGCGCCUCCCCCCAGUGCUCCCCCCCCCCGCCCCCCCCGCAAGCUUUCCCCACGGAGCACCCCGCGGCCAGAGUCACCCCGCCAGCGCCGGCCGGGCCUCCCUGCCCCGCUCCCGCACGGACACGUGUCUCGCGUGGGCACUGGGGGGCACGAGUGAGCCGCGCUGCGCCGCCCGAACCGGCGCCUCCCG